ACAAAGAACCACCACCUCCAUAUCAACAGCAGCAAUGUUUUCGUACUGCAGGUUCAUCGGCUUCGCCAUUAACAAAAAUCUUCAGCAAUCCGCAGCUAGGGUUCAUGUCUAUCCCUCUAACUUCUUUUCCACUCUACCCGCACAUCCUAAUCACAAGGAUUCGAAUUUGGUUGAUGAUAUCAGGCCAACCGGAUCGGGAUUGGGAUUGGGAUCGGAAACUGGUGCAGAUUUUGAUCGUGUAAACGUAGUGAAAUCAACUGCAACUCCGUCAUCUUCUACCUAUGAAAGAAGGGAGAACGAGAGUUUCGUGGCGGAGACGGCGAAGCAAGGAGUUGCGAAAGCUUUGGAAACUGGAUUGGAAAUCGGAGAAAUGGCUAAAAAAACGUUGGAUAAUAUGUGGGAUAUUACGAAGGAUACUACUAAUAUGGUGAAGGAGGCGGUGACCAGCGACCCGGAGGAGAAAAAUGAUGUUCCGCCGACUGAUCAAUUUGUUGAUGAUCUGAGGAAGCGCGCCGACGGUUAUGAUUUGAAGAAGAAAGGUUAAGUGGGGAAGUAGUAAUAGACUCAUAGUAGAGGGGUGUUAUAUGUAAAUUGUUUUCCAAAGUUACACUUCUGCCCCUUUAAAUUUAAUUCUGUUUGUUUCGAACCCAUAAUCUUCUUUAUCAAUUAUUUUAAUGAUUUAAGUCA